UGACGUGCGCGCCGCCAGCCCAGCAGCGGGCGGUUGUGCCUUGCGAGCGGGCGAGGCGCGGGGCGAGCGGAACAUGGCGCCGGGCUGCGGCGGGGGCGCGGCGGCGGCGCUGCGGGCGCUGCUGGGGCUGGCGCUCGCGCUCCCCCUGGCGGCGGGGCCGGGCCCGCCCGACAGCAGCAGCGUGAUCCUGGGCAUGCGGCUGGAGGGCACCAGCAAGCCGGCGGCCGCGGCGCCCGACGGGGGCGUCAUCCAGGUGACCGAGGGCAGCCAGGUGCAGCUGCGGCUUUUCGGGCUGGACAUCGGGCCGCACACCGGGGCGCUGGUGGCCUUCGCCGAGCUGGGCGCCAGGGCCGGGGCCAGGGCCAGUGCCAAUGCCAGCUCCGACGCCCGCGCUGACACCAACACCAGCUGCCCCGUGCACACCCAGGACCUGGUGGUGCAGCCCCACAUGAACGACACGCACAACACCUCGGGGGUGCUGCACGUGCGGGUGCAGCCCCUGCGCAAGAACGAGCAGGCCAAGAUCUACGUGCUGUGCACCAAGCGCGGCCCUGGCCAGCCCUGGGUGCGGCAUGAGGGCAGGGAUGGCCGCCUCAUGGUGGUGGAGGAGAAGAAGUCGCUGCUGCCCCUCUGGUUCCAGGUCAUCCUCAUCCUCUGCCUCCUGGUGCUCUCCGGCAUGUUCAGCGGCCUCAACCUGGGCCUCAUGGCGCUGGACCCCAUGGAGCUGCGCAUCGUGCAGAACUGUGGCACUGACAAGGAGAAGCGCUACGCCCGCAAGAUCGAGCCCAUCCGCAGGAAGGGCAACUACCUGCUCUGCUCCCUGCUGCUGGGCAACGUGCUGGUGAACACCACCCUCACCAUCCUGCUGGACGACCUGAUCGGCUCCGGCUUUGGUGCCGUCAUCGCCUCCACCAUCGGCAUCGUCAUCUUUGGCGAGAUUGUACCGCAGGCGCUCUGCUCCCGGCACGGCCUGGCCGUGGGCGCCAACACCAUCGGCAUCACCAAGUUCUUCAUGCUGGUGACGUUCCCCCUCUCCUUCCCCAUCAGCAAGCUCCUGGACUGCAUCUUGGGCCAGGAGAUCGGCACCGUCUACAACCGCGAGAAGCUGGUUGAGAUGCUGAAGGUGACGGAGCCCUACAAUGACCUGGUCAAGGAGGAACUCAACAUGAUCCAGGGAGCGCUGGAGCUCCGGACUAAGACAGUGGAGGAUGUCAUGACCCCGCUCCACGAUUGCUUCAUGAUCGACAGCGACGCCAUCCUGGACUUCAACACAAUGUCGGAGAUAAUGGAGAGCGGCUACACCCGCAUCCCCGUCUAUGAGGUGGAGCGCUCCAACAUCGUGGACAUCCUCUACGUCAAGGACCUGGCCUUUGUGGACCCCGAUGAUUGCACCCCCCUUAAGACCAUCACCAAGUUCUACAACCACCCGGUCCAUUUCGUCUUCCACGACACCAAGCUCGAUGCUAUGCUGGAGGAGUUCAAAAAGGGCAAAUCGCAUCUGGCCAUCGUGCAGAAGGUGAACAGCGAGGGAGAGGGCGACCCCUUCUACGAGGUGCUGGGGCUGGUGACACUGGAAGACGUCAUCGAGGAGAUCAUCAAGUCAGAGAUCCUGGACGAGUCGGACAUGUACACUGACAACCGCACCCGGAAGCGUGUGGCCAACCAGAGGAACAAGAGGGAUUUCUCCGCCUUCAAGGACUCCGACAGCGAGCUCAAGGUGAAGGUCUCGCCCCAGCUGCUCCUGGCCGCACACCGCUUCCUCGCCACUGAAGUGACGCUCUUCAUGCCGACCCUCAUCUCGGAGAAGAUCCUGCUGCGGCUUCUCAGACACCCCGACGUCAUCCACGAGCUCAAGUUCGACGAGGAGAACAAGAAAUCGCCCCGGCACUUCCUGUACCACAGGAACAAGCCGGCUGACUACUUCAUCCUCAUCCUGCAGAGCUGCGCUCCCCGUCCCACAUGAGCAGCCUGAACCGCUCGGCAUCGCUCAGCAACCCCGAGCGCUCGGACUCCAUCUCCUCCCCCAUCAGCGGCAGCAGCAACCAGCUCAACGUG